AUGGCCGACAAUAAAGUCGUAGUGCCUGAGGGAUUCACCCUUCACACCGAAAACACGUCCCACAUCCUUCUCUCGUCAAACGAAACCUUCCUCAACCCCGUCCAAGAAUUCAAUCGCGAUCUGAGUGUCGCUUGCAUCACUACAUGGAGCCAAAUGCUGCACGAAGCUAAGCAGGAAAAGUGGAUGCUCUCAAAACGAAGAAAAGAGGCGAGAGACAAGAAACAUGAACCUGCGGAACCGUCUAUCGACGAAAUCGAGAAACCCGCGAAACGCGCAAAGCUGGAUGUACCGGCGGAACCAACUGAUUCGCCCAUACCGGCUGAAGGUUCAAAGCCCACUAGCGGCUACUCGCGGCGAAAGAUAGUCAUCCUUGAAGCCCUCUCUGCGACCGGUUUGCGCUCGAUUCGGUAUGCGAAAGAAAUACCCUACGUAAGUCAAGUAAUCGCCAACGAUUUGUCUCCAGCCGCCGCGCAAGCUAUCAAGCGGAAUGUCGAGAUAAAUGGACUCACUAUACCGGACCCGUUACCUGAGAAAACUCCUCGCCCAGUUGAGAUCAAGGUGAACGAAGGAGACGCAUGGUAUGCUUUAGUCAAUUCACUCGCCUUCCCUCUGAAUUUUGCGUUAGUACUCUGUUGUAUAACCAUCGUGAAGCUAAUAAACGCGUCGACUGCGUCGAUCUGGACCCAUACGGGACUGCUGCACCAUUCAUCGAUGCUGCUGUCCAGAGCGUUCGUGACGAUGGCAAGACUCUUGUGCGUGACUUGCACCGAUCUCUCCAUCCUCGCAACCACUAACUUCGCGGAGAAAUGUUUCUCUAACUAUGGUGGAAUCCCAACUAAAAGCGAAUACUGUCACGAAGCGCAGGCUCUUCGUCUCGUCCUCCACACGGUAUCGACAUCUGCGGCGCGGUAUGGUCGUUUCAUUGAACCUCUCUUGUGUCUCUCGAUCGACUUCUACGUUCGCCUCUUCAUUCGGGUACGGACUUCACCAAUCGAGGUCAAAAGGGCCGUAGCUAAAACCUCGAUUUAUUGGAUAUGCAAUGACUGCCAGUCGUUUUAUGGGCAACCAAUGGGCAAAGUCUCUGAGAAGGCCCAUCCAAGUGGCCCUGUCAAUGUGACCUUCAAAACGCAAGCUGGCCCGCCCGUUUCGGAGACCUGCCCAGAAUGCAAUGGAGUUAUGCACGCCGCUGGUCCUAUGUGGUCGGCACCUAUCCACAACCAAGAUUUUGUCUCCAAAGUCCUGGAGCAUGUCGAACGGAAAGAAAACACCUACGGAACGGUCUCGCGCAUGAAGGGAAUGUUGACAGUUGCCAAAGAAGAACUCCCUGAAUACCCUUUCUACUUUACUCCAGCGAAAAUAUCCAAAUUCUUCCAUUGUGUCACCCCAUCGUUUACGGACAUCACGUCUGCUCUCCUUCAUGCCGGUCACAAGGUCGCGCGGUCACAUGCUUCUGCUGGGUCUAUCAAGACCUCUGCGACGCGAAGCGAGAUUCUCGAUAUUUUCCGGUGCUGGGUCAAGUCUCAUCCGAUUAAAAGCGUGUCCCCCACAUCGCCUGCACACCGACUACUCUCGAAAGAACCAAAAUCGGAUGCUAAUUUCACAAAGCAUCCGCAGGUCGUCCUCCACACCCUCAAAAUAGUGCGAUACCCAGAGCCACCGCCCAACUGGGGCCCCAAAGCAAAAGCUAUGGCCGACAAACCUGCUCCGGCCAAACGAAAACAUGUCCAGCUUGAAGACAUGGAAGAACAAGAGUAG